AUGCGCAGUUGUAAAUAACGAUCGCUAGAAACAGUUCAAGGCUCGCUGUUAUUGUGGGUUAUAAUGGUAAAUUUAACAAAAGAUCUUUGUUUAUAUGAAAAAGUUAAACUGUUAAAUAGGUAGAUUUUUAAAAUCCUUUUCCUGGGAGCUUUAUUUGCAAUUUCGUGGUCAAUCAGUGCCAUUUGACUAAGAAUUCAGAGGUAACUUAAUGGUGUGGACUUGCUAAGUCAGACUCAUACUUAGCAACCCCUGCUGUCUGCUAAAGCUGUGAUGAAAUCCAGCCGCCCCGUCUUCACAAGGCAAAAUCCCUUUCAACAAGCAACCAAAGUGGGGAAGACUUUCUACCACCCGUCCUCCAACAAGUCUUUGACACAGAAGAAGAAGAAAACGACUCUGAGUCCUGAACGUUCACACAAGCAAUCCACUCCACAGUUGGACUCUCUGAGUCAAGACGAGCAAGGAUUGAUUCAGACACAUGUCCACAGUUUUGCUGCCACAGAUGACCAUCCUGUUUUUGAAGAGUCAUGGCCAUCAUCCGACUGUGGAUCAUCUUCAGCCUUAUCUAAUAUGGUGACAUCUGAACUGUCUGCGAGGGCAGGGAAACCUUCAGUCUCACCAGAACCUGGAAUUCACCAGGAUUCAGUGCUGGCAAAAUACAUAGAGCGCUUCCGCCAUGGUCAACCGCAGAGUCGAGAGGAGCGCCAGCAGAUGGCUGCCAGAGGAAAGAAGCAAGUGCCUUUUUGGUGGAUGUCAUCCUCAACUUUACCUCAUAGCUCAACACCAACCAAAACAACAGACAAAGAUGUCAUCCAGCCUAUGGAAGAUGACCAUGGCGCUGCCACUUACAGUCCAGUGCAGAAUGGACAUGACAGAGACCUUUCCCCAUGCAGAGGAUCUAUUAGUAUUUUGUCUGACACCUCCCAGGGCGAAUUUGAAGACACAGAGAUACUACAACUUCAAGAAAGGGCAAACAGACUUCUGCUGAAAGAUGACUGUAGUCUGAAUGAUGGAUCUAUCCAUGUCAGCUCAGAAGGCGUGGGAUGCUCAGAAUUUUCUUCUCCACUCAGUGCAGAUGAGCAAAUGCGAAGACCUUUGAUUCCUAGAGUAAUGAUGUCUGCUACAGCAAAAGCCAAUUCAGACUCAGUUCAAGCCUUCCAAAAACCCUCUUCCAUUCCUUUACUUGUUUCCCCAACACGCCCGGAAGAAGAUAUCUUGUUCCAGUGGCGUUUGAGACGAAAGAUUGAGCAGGCCAGGGAGCAACACUCAGGUUUUCAUGCUACAACAUUUAGCUGGCAGUCCCCCAGUUUAAGGCAGACCUCACCAAGUGGACAAGCCUACAAGGGACGGACCCAACCUCCAGAGUUCUCAGAAAAAGCUAGCCAUCCACAGAUUGCUGCUGCACAGCCAGAAACCAGAGAAACACUUGGAUUAUUUUCCUCAUCUUCAGUCCCAACUCUUUUACCUGCCUGUGCUGUCUCUGGAUCUGCAGUCUCUCAGCCCCUUGUUCCUGCCCACAUGCACUUUCUUUGUGAUGUUUUGCCAUGUCCCAUCCAAAGUACAGAUGAGUCUCGGACCAAAGUUGUUCAUAAAAAGGCCCAAGUUCAAGAUAAUACACUUAAAACAGCCCGCGAUGAACCCUUUCUUGAACAUGAGCCAUCCGUAACAAAACCUUCAUCUGGAGUUACAGAAGAAGAAAGGUCUUCUAACAACAAAAGAGCUGAAACAAACACAAAGCUGAAAUGUCAGAUUACAGAGUCAAGGAAGAAUGAGAAGGAGGCAGUGAUGGCUUUCAGAAGACAGAAGAAAUCAACAAGAUAUGCUAUGGAAAAAAGACAUACUGAUGGUUCUGGAUCUACAAAUAAGAGUGCCUUACACCAAAAACUUCCCAAAAAGCCAUUAGCUAAGGAGCUAAAGCAACAUAAGGGGUACCAGGAGUUUUCCAGUCAGAGCGCUACUGUUGAUCAUGGACCACCACCUUCUCCAGUCCACAGUGCCUUAGGACAGGUUGUUUCAGAGGUCUUGUUCCCUACAACGGACUCUCCUGCACAAACGACAUCCGCCUCGUUUUCCCCUCCCUCUGUUUCCUCACCUCGGCCACAGUCCUCAGUUAAUCCAUGUGAUAGACAGAACUCUGUGGAGGUCAUUUCACAGCUGCUGCAAGAGGCUGAAGAUUCAGAUGAAACAGAGUUUGGAGAUGAUGCCUUAUUAAAAGUCCUUCGCAAACAGAGAAAAUGGAUAAAGGAGCAAAUCAGUGAGGUGGACUCUCUGUUAAAUAACUUUUUGGAUGAGCAACAAGUAACCAGACCAUUGGCAAGAGACACUUGAUUUUUUUAUUCCAUUUUAUAAAGAAAUAAAGCUUAUUUGUAUGUUUUUGAAGAAACAUUUCCACAUUAAAGAUCUCAAAGAUA